AUGUCCGAACUCCUCGAAUUCAUCAAAAGCCACGAAGAGGCCUUUCGUAGCCGCGCCCGCCUAGCAUCCCUCUACUCCGACUUCCGCUUCCAGCGCUCCUCCAAUCCAGACGGCUAUCAAGCCAACUCCUCCGCUUGGCUGCGCGCCCUCUCCAAAGCGGCCAGCGCAGGCCUCAUACCCCGACAGAAUCAGGCAUCGGGCCAAUAUGAUCACUUUGCACUCCAUACGGGAGAGGAGUUGCUGAGGGCUUUGGAGACGAGGGAGUUUGGGCGGCCGCUUGCUUUGGGGGCUGCGGUGGAGGAUGCGGUUAAGGGGAAGGAACUGGUGCCGCUGAGGCGGUUUCUGGAUGCGAAGGAGAGUAUUUAUGCUGGGGGUGGGUGGUUGCCGAGGCCGUGGCAGGUGGUGAGUUGGGGAUUGAGGCAGUUGGGGGUUAUUGGGCGGGAGGGGAGUGGAGAGGAUCGACUUGUUGCGGGGGACUUUGUAGUGAUGGCGAAUGUCGAGGCUGCUUCCAAGGCGAUACUAGAGAAAGCCUCCGCCCUCACGUCCUCCUCCAACACCUCCCGCAUCUUCACCACUUCUCUCCUCGCCUCCACCUUCGCCUCCGCCCUCGACCUCCCUCCGCUCACCCAAACCGACCUCUCCAUCCUCCUCACCCACCUCUCCCGCGACAAGUCUGCAAUCACCUACUCCCCAUCCGCGGGCGUCCUCAAAUUCAAAUCCCCCAGCGAAGCCACACCUCAACCCCUCACGAACGAAGACAUCUCGAUCGCCAACCUACGCAGUCUAAUUGCCACCCUCUCCCCUCAAAUUGAAACUCUCACCACCCGCGUCGCAGAGCUGGACACCGCCGCUCGCACAGCAGUAGCAGCGAAACAAACACAAGCAGCCAAACACGCUCUGCGCUCGAAAAAGCUGGCCGAGACGACACUCGCUCAACGCUCUGCUGCCCUGGCGCAACUGGAAGAGGUGUACGCCAGUAUAGAACAAGCGGCGGAUCAGGUGGAGCUCAUCGCUGUUCUGGAGAGCGCAGGCAAGACGCUGAAGGUGCUAAAUGAGCGAACGGGAGGCGUGGAUAAGGUGCAGGAUGUGGUGGAUGGGUUGAGAGAGGAGAGGGCGAACGUGGAGGAGAUUGGGGCUGUGUUGAAUGAGGGGAAUGCAGGGGCGGUGGAUGAGGGAGAGGUGGAGGAUGAGUUUGAGGCGCUGGAGAGGGAGGAGAGGGAGAAGAGGAGGAAGGCUGAGGAGGAGAGGGAGAGGAGGGUUGCGGAGGAGGAGGUGGAGAGGACGAGGAAGAGGUUGGAGGAGUUGGACGAUGUUGCUCCGACCAAGGCUGAAACGCAGAACGAUAAGAUGGAAGGACAGGAUACCGUGAAGGAUGCAAGUGGCGAACCUGCUGCUGCUCCAGUGGCGGAAACGGCAUGA